AAUUACCUAAUAAAGAAAAUUACACUUUUUCUCUCCCCUGUAGAUCAUGGUUCGCCAAUGUACAAAUGGGACCACCUGAUGCGAUUUUGGGUGUAACCGAGGCGUUCAAGCGCGAUACAAAUCCGAAAAAAAUCAACUUGGGUGUAGGCGCAUAUCGUGAUGACAACGGUAAACCAUGGGUGUUGCCCAGUGUGCGCAAGGCUGAAGAACGCAUAAUUGGUAAGCAAUUGGACAAAGAAUACGCCACAAUCAUUGGUAUUCCGGAGUUCUAUAAUAAAGCCAUCGAAUUGGCGCUGGGCAAGGAUUCUGAGCGAUUGCAGGGAAAGCACAAUGCUACAACACAGGUAAUAUACAUAUGUAUAUGAAACAAAUGAAUCAGA